AUGCGGGAGUAUUUGGACGUCACGGGGCAAGCCAAGCCGUUUGCCAAACCCAGAGAACGCAUUGGAAGCGCCCUGGACCGAAAAAGCGCAAAUAAAAACUGGCACUGCACUCUGUGUGGCCGGGUGUGUUCCAGCAAAUCGAGUUUAAGGAGGCACGUUCGUCGCCACGAGGGCCUGCGGCCAUUCCAGUGCACCCUGUGUUCCAAGGCAUACACUGCCAAGCACAACCUUGACUACCACUUGCGCUCUGCGCACCCGCUAGCCAGUCCAUCAGCGAUAGCCAACCACAUCAAACAGCAACAACGACCACCACCUCAGCAGCCGGUCCCUCUCUGA